AGGAGCCGUUGGUUGGAUACGGGAGAUUACUCUUCAGUCUUAAUUGGUAUUUUGUAAAUAACGCAUCUUGAGGUCGUGUUAUAAGAAGUUUCCAUCAAAAUAUCAGGGUUUCUGGAAUUCCUGACUUCCAACAGAAAUGACGGUGUCUCGCCUCAUCGAUAAAAUACUUGUAGCCAACAGAGGUGAGAUAGCAUGCCGCGUGAUCCGGACUGCACGCAAAAUGGGGAUUCGUUCUGUUGCUGUGUUCAGCGAGGCAGACCGCAAUUCCAUGCAUGCAGCCAUGGCAGAUGAAGCUCACCACAUUGGACCAGCAGCUUCCCAGCUUAGCUACCUCCAGCAUGAGAAGAUCUUGAACAUUGCAAAGCUCUCCGGUGCCAAGGCCAUACACCCUGGCUAUGGGUUCCUGUCUGAAAAUGCUGAAUUUGCUGAGCAAUGUGAAAGUGAAGGAGUUACAUUCAUUGGUCCACCAGCAUCUGCUAUCAGAGAUAUGGGUAUUAAAAGUACUUCCAAGAACAUCAUGUCAAACGCUGGGGUUCCUAUUAUCGAAGGUUAUCACGGAGAAGAACAAAGUAAUAGCAAACUGAAGGAAGAAGCAGAGAAAAUUGGAUUCCCUGUCAUGAUAAAAGCUGUGAGAGGGGGUGGUGGCAAGGGCAUGAGAAUAGCAGAAAGUGCAGCAGAUUUUGAAGAACAGCUGGAAUCUGCUCGAAGAGAAGCCAUGAAGUCUUUUGCUGAUGAUGUCAUGCUUAUGGAGAAAUUCAUUAUAAAUCCAAGACAUGUAGAAGUCCAGGUGUUUGGCGACAAACAUGGCAACUAUGUUUAUUUAUUUGAAAGAGAUUGCAGUGUCCAGCGACGACACCAGAAAAUUAUUGAAGAAGCUCCAGCUCCAGGUGUGUCUGAUGAAGUAAGAAAGUCAUUAGGAGAAGCUGCUGUGAAGGCUGCCAAGGCUGUUAAUUAUGUCGGAGCAGGCACUGUGGAGUUUGUAAUGGAUGAGAACUUCAACUUCUAUUUCAUGGAGAUGAACACUCGACUACAGGUGGAGCACCCCAUCACCGAGAUGAUCACCAACACUGACCUCGUUGAAUGGCAGAUAAAGGUUGCAAGUGGGCAGCAACUACCAUUGACUCAGAAAGACCUCGUUUUAAAGGGUCAUGCAUUUGAAGCUAGAAUCUAUGCUGAAGACCCAAACAACAAUUUCAUGCCUGGAGCUGGUUUUCUCGAUUAUCUGUCUCCACCACAGACCAGCACCUAUACAAGAGUUGAAACUGGCGUCAGACAAGGUGAUGAGGUCUCUGUUCACUAUGACCCUAUGAUUGCCAAACUGGUUGUAUGGUCCGACAGCCGGGACUCAGCCCUGAAGCAAAUCCAAGCGAACCUUGUCGACUACCAUGUUGUUGGUCUCUCCACAAACAUAGAUUUCCUUGUGAACCUUUGCAAACACGAAGAAUUCAAAAAGGGCAAUGUGAACACCAACUUCAUCCCAGCACACUACGCCCAGUUGUUCCCAUCAGAUAAACUCUCACCAAAUCUCCUCUGCCAGGCAGCCGUGGCAUUGAUCCUGCACGAACAGGAACAAACUCUCAAGAUGUCAGCACGGUCUUUUGAUGCUACCUCACCCUUCAACCACUGCAUGGCUGCUCGCCUCAAUGAAAAUUUAGUGAAAAGAAUGUCACUCCAGGAUAAAGAUGAAAAAAUAGACUUUGAAGUCGUCUUCCUAACCGGUAACACAUUCACAGUGAAGCAUAAUGGUGAGGAAUAUUCGGUCAGUGCCAAAUUAGUGCCAGAGGGUCAGCGGAAGAAACUGGUCUGUUCCGUGAACAACGUUAUGAUGUCUUCAUAUGUGGUGUUUCAAGACAACAGUGUACACAUAUUCAGUAUGGAAGGAAGCCGGGAACUAAAGACACCCCUCCCAAAGUUCCUUGAAAGCAGUUCUACUGCUGGCACUGGCAAAGUAACUGUGGCCCCUAUGCCUGGUGUGAUAGAGAAGCUGUAUGUAGAACCAGGGGCCCACGUCAGCCAAGGAGACCCUCUAGUUGCAAUGAUUGCUAUGAAAAUGGAGUUUGUCAUUCGUGCACCAAAGGAUGCUGUGAUUAAAUCUUUACCAUACAAAAUUGGAGAAACGGUACCAAAGGGAGCUAGCCUUGUCGAAUUUGAAGAUUCUGAUUCUUAAGAAUUACUGAAAACUUUCACAACAAGUAAAGAAAUACAACAGAAGUCACAUCAGAAUAUUUGCAGACAAAAGAAAAUUAGUUUUAUAUCAAAAU